AGGCUACCAGCUUCUGGCUGAGGCAGCCUCCGGCCCAUUCGAUCUAGGCGGGGAAGGACAGCGAGGUGAUGCUGCGCUCGCUCGCUCAGUGCUGUUCCACUCUACCCGGCCUUUCAUUACAUUUCCCUCGAGGUGGCGGCGGCUGCCUUUUUGCCCCACCCACGUGGCGUUAAUGUGAGCGCGCGCGCGGCCUCAGCCCGCUGUCUUGCUGAGGGGAGAAACGAAAGCUUCCCUUAGCGACUGGAGCCCUCGGUGGGCUGGCGGCAUUUUGGUGGAGAGCGCGGCUCGCGUGAAGAGAUAUUAGCCCGCGCCGCCCCCCACCGGCUUGUCGCAUAUUAGGCGAGGCGAGCAGCGUGUGGUUGCUGCUGGGCCAAGUUCGGCCCUCUCAUUGUUUGUUCUUGUGGCGGCAGCAGCAGCCGCUGCAGCCGCUAGUUCAAGCAAAAGCCCCCCAGCGGGCAGCCUCCCCGCAUCGACGCCACUUCAGGCAGCCCGUGCAGGAAUGGCUUUAUGAUGGAAGGACUGGAAAGAAACAGUAAGCUUGGUUUGCAGAAACAAAGUGUCAUGGAACAACCAUUCACUGUAAGUUCUUUGAAAAGGCUUGCAGCUAUACCUGACCACACAGAUGUUUCAUUGAGCCCAGAAGAACGUGUACGUGCCUUAAGCAAGCUUGGCUGUAACAUCACAAUAAAUGAAGACAUUACUCCACGACGCUAUUUCAGAUCCGGAGUGGAGAUGGAGCGCAUGGCAUCUGUAUAUCUGGGAGAAGGAAACCUUGAAAAUGCCUUUGUUCUCUAUAAUAAGUUUAUAACUUUGUUUGUAGAAAAGCUGCCCAGUCAUCGAGACUACCAACAAUGUGCAGUUCCAGAAAAACAGGAUAUUAUGAAGAAACUAAAGGAUGUAGCAUUUCCAAGGACUGAUGAACUGAAGAAAGGGUUGCUAAAGAAAUAUAAUGCCGAAUACCGGAAAUAUAUGCAAGACAAGAGCAAAUGCAAGGCUGAGUUACUGAAGAAACUAGAGCAGCAGAAAUUGAUUGAAGCAGAGAAGAAGCGGAUUGCACAGAUCCGUCAACAGCAGCUGGAAACAGAACAAUUUCAGUUCUUUGAAGAUCAACUGAAGAAGCAAGAAUUAGCCCGUGAUCAGAAAACAAAGGAGAAUUCAAUUACAUCUGAGCAGACUGAUGGGAGCAUGUUAUCAUCGUGCAUUGCAGCACAUCUGAAUAAUACUUUCCCUGCAAACAAGAGUGAUGCCUCUGCUGGACAGUCUCCUCUGAUAAGUCGGUCCGUAAAGCCAGCUGCCACACUAAGUGCUGUUCAGAACAAUGUGGCUGAAGGGCUGCGAAGUGUGGUUCUGCCCAAGGAUCUUUGUCACAAAUUUCUGCUGCUAGCAGAGGCAAAUACAGUAAGAGGAAUAGAGACAUGUGGAAUUCUCUGUGGAAAACUGACCCAUAAUGAAUUCACUAUUACUCAUGUGAUAGUGCCAAAACAGUCUGCAGGGCCAGACUAUUGUGACAUGGAGAAUGUGGAAGAGCUAUUCAGGGUUCAAGACCAACAUGAUCUCCUCACUCUGGGCUGGAUCCAUACACAUCCAACACAGACUGCAUUCUUAUCCAGUGUUGAUCUUCAUACACACUGUUCUUAUCAGCUAAUGCUACCAGAGGCUAUUGCAAUUGUUUGUUCACCAAAACAUAAUGACACGGGGGUCUUCCGACUUACUAACGCCGGCAUGUUGGAAGUUUCUAUAUGUAAAAAGAAGGGUUUUCAUCCCCAUACCAAGGAUCCUAGGCUAUUUAAUGUAAGGAUGCACGUUACUUUCGAGGACUUUGAUUGAAUAUGUAAACACAUAAUUGGGAAAGAUGUAAAAAUAACUGUAUUGGAUCUGAGGUGAUAUGGAUGGAAGAACAAAGCCUUCUUCGAAUCAGAUGCCGAAAGGAGAACAUGGCUACCAGAUUUUACUACAGUGUUUUCCAGAAGUUACUGACAUUUUAUAUUUGUACAUUUUAUAUUUAAUAAUUUGAUAUUUAUUACCCUUUUCCAUUUUGAAGUAAUUUUGUUCUGUCAAGAUUGAGUUCAUGGUGGCAUUCAAUCAGUAUAUAUUAUUAUGCUGAAAUAUUAUGAUAAUAAAACUUGAAA